CCUGAAAAUAAUGACUUGCUAGAAAUUAAAUCAAAAAUCAAAAUAACUAGAAAAUGGUAUCAAAAAUUGAAAAAAAAUAAACAAAAUAUAACUGAAAAAGAAAACAAACUUAAAGAAAUUGGGAAAGAAGUAGCAAACUGGCUAACAAAACUAAAAACUAAGUAUAAAGAAGUUGAUACAACUUCAAAUCUAGAAGAGGAAAAUAUAAAUGAAGAAAAAGAAUUUGAAUAUAAAAAAGAGCUCAAAACAUG